UGGAUGGUCACACAUGCUCUGCUCUCACUACUAUUGCCGUCAUCUGUUCAAAUGCCCGCUCGGUACUACAACCGUGUGCUGACUUUUCCAGGCUUGUUGUAAUUCCUCUUUGUGAUCAAGAUGGCUUCUCCAACUGCCAAAGAAUCUCAGGCCGCAAUGGACUUUCUACACCACCCCUACACCCGUGCGGCCCUUCCUUUCAUUAAUGGUGGCCUAGCGGGAAUGACAGCAACCACCGUCAUUCAGCCAAUUGACAUGAUUAAGGUGCGCCUUCAGCUGGCAGGGGAAGGUGUACGAACUGGCCCUCGCCCGACCGCUUUCGGCGUUGCCCGCGACAUCAUUGCCGGCGGAAAGAUCCUUGAUCUCUACACUGGUCUAUCGGCAGGCUUACUCCGUCAGGCCGUCUACACUACUGCCCGCUUAGGUUUCUUCGACACUUUCAGUAAAACACUCAAUAAGCGCGCCGAAGCCGCAAAUAGAAAGGUUACUUUCGCGGAGCGCGCCGGUGCGGGCCUUACCGCUGGUGGAAUUGCUGCUAUGAUUGGUAAUCCGGCUGAUCUGGCCCUUGUGCGCAUGCAGUCAGACGGUCUGAAGCCCCCAGAGGCGCGAGCAAACUACCGUUCGGUGGUGGAUGCACUCUUCCGCAUCUCGAAGAUUGAGGGCGUCCCAGCCUUGUGGGCAGGAGCUUUGCCGACCGUUGUACGGGCGAUGGCUCUUAAUGUCGGUCAAUUGACCUUCUUCGCUGAAUCUAAGGCUCAACUGAAGGCCCACACGUCCCUAUCGGCUCAAAACCAGACCUUUGCUGCUUCCGCUAUCGCUGGUUUCUUUGCCAGUUUCCUUUCUUUACCCUUCGACUUCAUCAAGACUCGUCUGCAGAAGCAGCAGAAAAACCCUAAAACCGGUCAGUUGCCGUACAAGGGUUUGCUUGAUUGCGCUCGCAAGGUUGCCAAGGAUGAGGGUUGGUUGAGGUUUUACCGCGGAUUCGGGACAUACUAUGUGCGGAUCGCACCCCAUGCGAUGGUCACGCUUAUCGUGGCUGAUUAUCUCAACCUCAUUACGAAGUAAACGAGUCAACCUUCAUUAAUCGGACGACAGUUCAAAAGUCCCUUGAUGUAGAGAAAAACGCGUUGAGUUGUGAUCGAAUGUGUUGCCUGCUAAUGAUUGAAUUGCCGAUCUUCUUGCGCUAUCGAGCCAUGGAAGUUUGUUUUCUUUUCACUCUCUGGGAAAUGCGGCGUCCGGAGACGAUGCGACCGCAGCAGAAUCAUCCAGUUCUAGUCGCUCUAGAGCUCCGUGUUAAUAGAAUACCCCACGAAUUGUUGUUCAGCUGGAAGCCUUUUAGCGAACUGUCUAUCGGACACCAUCGAGGAUAUCAACACGUUGGGAACAAAUCUGUGUGCCCCAUGACGACUCAAGGCAGAACAAUCGUCCCUUGGAAAAUACCCCUGUUAGUGCGGUCC